UUCCUAUUGAAGUGGCCUAUUUUAGCUUUACCAUCAAGUUCUUCGUCGUCGCAGUUGCAAUUGAGCGGAGUGAAGAAUCCUGUAAAACGAGACACACCAAAACCGCUGGCUCCGCCUACGUCUAUAUCGGAAUGGCAGUUGUUGGCGGUUUUGCAACGGGCUAAUCUUGUACAGUACUACGAUAUGUUUAUAUCACAAGGAGGCGAUGAUAUUAAUCAAAUUAUGCAAUGUGACGAAGGAGAAUUUCUUGAGAUUAUGUCGCUCGUCGGUAUGCUAUCGAAACCAUUGCAUGUACGACGGUUGCAACGAGCCUUAACGGAAUUCUCCAAAGACCAAACUUCCUUCAAUCUAGCCGCUAUUCAACAUAUUGGUCCACCUCCGGUGUCACCGUAUGCUUUGGGUGGUCCUGACAUGUCUUUCCUUAUGCCUGGUGAGGUGUUUUACCAGUUCUGCUUCAGUUAUUUCAGGUCGACCAGCCCUCUUUCAGUAGGUGGUGACUUUGUAUCUUUGGGAGACUACGAUCCAAGUACUGCUCUAUGCGACUCGCCAGUCUUGUCCGAUGCACAGAUCCGUCGCCUUUCGAAUUGUGCGAUGGCCAUAUGCCAAAAAAUUCCUCGACUGCCGCCAAAACUUGUCCAAAAUAAAAAGCGAGUCUCAAAAGAAGUGCUUGAUCUUCUUUCUUCCACCGCCGAUACACCAAAUCGACUCGCAGAAUAUCGCAAAUAUUCGGCUAUUUAUGGCCGAUUUGAUGCUAAACGAAAGCCGGACAAGACCGGCAGUAGUGUAGGGGGAAUACGGUAUGGGGACCAAAAUUUCGAUCUAUUUGAGUGCUUUAGAGUUUAA